UACAAUAAAUUUUAUAACUGCUUUCACACCUAAUGAAGUGAGUCUCAUAUACAAUAAAUUAUUGAAAACAAGACAAGACAUAUAGAUCUUAUCCAAAAAAAAGUUGAUUGGUCUGUUAAAGCUAAAAGCAUCUUUGGGCAAACAUUCCAUAUUUUAGUAUUAUAAUAUGUGUGUCUGUUUUCAUAUUACAAUAUAGUUCUCACAAAUUUUCUUUGGAUGGAAGAUGUAUGGCAAACAUGGAUUUCUUCUUUGGAAAUGGAUGGUCACUCGUUGGAUGAAGAUAGGUUUGAUAUAGAGAAUGUGCAAGAACCAAGUUGUUUCAUUUCUCAAGAAUAUUAUGAUGCUAAUUCACAACAAACACCAUCUCAAUACCUUAUGUCUUUUGAAAACUCAUCUAUGGAACCUUCUUCUAAUAGUGCCAUGGCUACAUGUUCUUCCAUCAUGGAUCUAAAAACAACAGCAUUGAAUCACAGUGAGAGUAGUGAGUUACCAAAAGUAAUUAAGAAAACAAACAAGAAUCGUAGAACUUCAUCUGAGAUACAAGAUCAUAUCAUGGCUGAGAGAAAAAGGAGACAAGUUAUUAGUGAGAGGUUCAUAGCACUUUCUGCCACCAUUCCUGGAUUGAAGAAGACAGAUAAGAUCUACAUACUUGAAGAAACUAUCAAUUAUGUGAAACAACUUCAAGAGAAAAUAAAAGAGCUGGACAAUCAAAACACAAUGAAAAAUAAAGAUUCAGAGAUACUCAUCAAGAAAUCUCAAGCUUGCACAAAAGAGAAUGAUAAUGAUGAGCAUAAAGAUUAUUCCAAGAAAGAACUACCUAAGGUUAAAGCAAGAGUGAUAAAUAAGGAAGUUAUGAUUGGAAUCCAUUGUGAGAAACAAAAGAAUAUUAUGGUCAAAAUAAUGGGCUUGCUUCAAAGUCUUCAUCUAUCACUUGCUAGUAGUAGCAUAUUGCCAUUUGGAACUUCCACUCUUAAAGUUACAAUCAUUGCUCAGGUGAUUAAAGGCUUUGGACCAGUUCUCUCACUCUACAGAAAAAUGGACCUCGAACAAAUUGUCAAAGAUCUCCAUGCUCAGAAUGCUCAACUCCAGAAGAUGAUCUUGAACUUAUCCAAGGGGCAGGAGGAACUGAAGGCUCUUUUGCUCGAGAAAAAGAAAGACCAGAAACCUGUGAGGCACAUUAACCCGGGAAGGAGGCAGUUUACGAAGAUCAAUAUGACUUUAGCACAAGCACUACAGGGUAUGCUAAAAGCAAAUUUAAUUACCCUCAGAGAUCCUCCUGCAAAACCCAACACUACUUCUCCUAGGUAUAAUCCCGAUGCCAGGUGUGCGUAUCACUCCGAUAGCCCCGGGCAUAAUACGAACGAUUGUUGGUCGUUGAAGAAUAAAAUUCAGGAUAUGAUCGACGCCGGAGAAUUUGAAUUGGAUCCGCCUGAGACUCCUAAUGUCAUCACUGCUCCUCUGCCUAAUCAUGACAAAACUCUUAAUGCUAUAGAGGAUGCCGACAGCGAUUGCGACCUGGAUAGCUGGGUCUACCCAACAAUUGGUGACGGACUCAAUAAUUGGAAGGCUGAAGACACUAUCCCGAUUUCCUUUAGUCAGGAGUAAUUGUUAUUGCUAUUUUAACAUUUUAAAGCAUUGUGUCUAUGCCCGGGGCACAAUAGCUAAUUUUUCAAGGGUUUUGUCAUUUUCAUAAGCAUAUUCAUAUUCAAUAAAUCAAUGGACUUUUUGCAUUCAAAGAUUGCGCUCUUUAUCUUUCCUGUCAUUUUUCAAACAAGCUAUGUUUUCUUGCACACACUCACGUAACAAUUUGCCGAUCCAUAUCCACUCUGGAUCCUGUUGGUAAUGACUCUGCUAC